CUCGCGAGGAAGGGAGGGGCCGCGCAACGUAUCCAGCUGUUGAGCGGCUAGACUUCCAGCCCUCACCCAGGACUCCCAGGGCAGGUACAGGUGCAGAGGCAGCAUGUGAAGGGCACCUGAUUUUGAUUCCACUCACCAAAAGCACUUCCUGGAUUAACCCUUCUCCUGUGUGAGUACAUCGAAUUGGCCCUGCCCAGGGGGAGAAGAAGUCAUCAUGUCAACACACUUAGUGCCCAUCAGAUCAACCACCUCUGCUAGAGAGAAAGAAGAAAAUGGACGUAAAUCCACCUGUGAAAAAAACACGCCAUAUACAUAUUAUUUCGAAGAUAUGUUUCUUUUCAAGAAAAAAGAACUAGAAGAAAAAGAAAGAGAAAAAAUUGUGAACCGUGGUAAGAAAGUGCAUGAAAAAACUACUUUUUCAUCCAGAAUGAAGAAUCGAUCACAUCUGAGAGAAAUAAAUAUUCCCGCUGAAACGGCAUCUUGUGAAAUCGGUCUGGAUUCUGCCAUCAUCCCCAGCUUCAUAGAAAGAAGCACAGGCCCAAGAAAGUCCAAACAAGAAUUUAUUCGCCAUCAAAGAGAAAGGUUUGUUCUGGAGUACAACUUAGCAACCCAAAGGAAAACAAUGAUGAAGCUUCAGAGAUGUAUGGAAAUCCAAGAGCAGCAAUUCCUUAAUGCGGAAAAAAGACUUCAAGAAGAUGCCUUUGCUUUUGAAGAAUUUCUCCGUGAAAAUGACCAGAAAUCGGUAGAUGCUUUGAAAAUAGCAGCACAAGAAACCAUUGGCAAACUACAAAUGGCAUCGGAGCUAAAGAAGGCUAACUUGGAAAUCCAGGUUGUAAAAAGUGAAAUUAUGAAAACUGAAUUCCUUCUUAAUGAGUACAUAAAAUAUGGAUGUUUUUUACUGAAAUUAUCUCCCAAGACUUGGCAAGUCCAGCAAACAUUGAAGAAAAUGAAACCUAAAGAUGUUUCUACAGUCCCUAGCCUUCCAAAACUGGUACAAAAACCAUCGGUUGUGAAGAAGUCAAAGUUAGACAAAGACAGUCCAAGGAAAACUUCAGGAGUACCCACUACAGAAGAUGGGCCACUACUUAUUCCAAAGGGUCGAGCAUCCAGGGAAAACAUCGAGAUGAUCAAGACAUUGAAUAUGGAAGACUCUGGCCGCGGAAAAAGUUUUCAACUGGAGUCCCGAGGGUCUGAGCCCCUCUCUCGGAGAAAGAAAAACUCAGAAGUUGUCAUCAGAAGUCCAUACCAGAGGACUAUGAGGGGUGUGGUCACAUAUAAAAACCCAGCGUGGCAGGAUCUGCCAGAACCCCUAGCAAAGCAUUUGGGAGCCCGCGGACAUCCCCCUGCCGUGAUGAAGGCUGCAAGUAUUAGUUCAGAAGACAGUUUGGAUUUUGGUGCUGAUGAAAUAGACUGUGAUUUGGAACCUGAGCUUUACUUCAAAGAACCGGAAGAGUUACUUCAGGUCUUCACCAAGCUGGAGGAGCAGAAUCUUACUUUGGUACAAUAUUCCCAAGAUAUUGAUGAAACUCUAGAAGAUGUAUCAAAAAGAGAAAAGGCUAUACAAGAUAAAGUGAAUAGCAGCAUAGAGGCUCUAUUAGAUCAAAAAGAAAUGCUGAAGAAUAACUGUGCUCGAGAAGAAGAAAAAGCAGCAGAAUUGGAAUUAAGAUCGCGGCUAUUUAGUUUUGGCGAGUUUAAUUCAGAAGUUCAGGAAAAAUUAAUAGACUCCCUAAGUAGAAAAGUCAACCACGUAUACAAGGUCUGCAUUGGAGAAGUGGACAUGGCCAACCUUAACCCAGUUCAAAAGUUGGUUAAAGUAGAAUCUCGGCUGGUGGAGCUGAGUGACCUGAUUGAAUCUGUUCCCAAAGAAAGUAUCGAUGUCAUCAAAAAGGCGAAACAGAGGGAAAGAAGACAAAAAAUGCGUGAAGAGAAAUUGAGAGAAAAGCAGAAAUCCCAGGAAGAAAAAAUAAGAAUUGCCUUAGAAAGAGCAAUGUCAGAACCAAAGAGAAAGAUGGGAAGGAAACUUGUAUAUCGUUCACAACCUAUAACGAACGUCAAACAAAAAAUACAUUUUGUGGAUGACACCAAGUCAAAAGUACUGGAAGAUCACUAUUUUUUCAGUUGAACAAAAUCAGUCAGACACAUACCUUAAUUUUCAGGUAAAAGCCUGAAAAUUAUUUAUUUUUUGUUAGGUUUUAAGUUUGCAUUUUUUUCCCAAGAGUAACAAUUUUUGUUUUAAAGAAUGAAUGUCAUUCAGGUUUGUAUCUCCAAAUUCCAGUAAACCCAAUCCUUCUAGAACCUUUUACUUAUUUUUAUAACAUUUUUAUCAGAAGAUGGGGAUUAAAAAAAAAAAAA